AUGACAUCUGAACCAAAGAAAGGAAACUGCCUCGUUGCUCGAGCUGUACCGCUAUCACUUGGUGGUGCAGUAACACAGGAGCUGGCGGAUCAUAUGGAACAACUGAUAAUCGAUGAGACAAACACUCAGAAAAAAAUUGACAAAGUCGCAAAUAAUAUCAGUCCGUCGGAUUUCGUCACGUUACAGAGCAUCAGAUCGUCAGCUUUGGCUCGUAAAACGGCAACGACUUGGAAGUUUUGUAGUGGUGGUCCUGCUCUCUUCAACGAUCUACUCAAUAAAGAACCGGACGAAAACAGAACUGACGUGAAAGCAGAAGGAGAGAGUAAUACAGAAAGUAAGGUGAUUGUGGAAGUGCAGGCUGAGAAAACCGCUGGACAAGAGAGGUUGGAUGGCGAUCUACUUUCACGUGGUCCAGUGAAGAAUGUUAGACUACCGAAAACGCAUCAUCCGUAUAACUUGGGUGCCGUUCAUUAUGGCACGGCAGCACAAAGUCCUGUUCAUGAUUAUUCGGUUUUUUCAAAUUACGGUGGUGGUUACGAAUGUGGGAGCACGUGGACAGACAGUCCAGAUAUUUUUGGCUGUGUCUCGUCCUCGUCUCCAGAGUCGCUCGGAGUAGACAAUGGUUAUCAUUCCAGCUCACCAGUGCAGAAAUCUCCGCUUCAGACUAGUCCAUUUACAGAUCACUCAAUCACAAAAAAUGAACUGUCUCGUCUAUUGGAUUCUUCAGAAUUGCCGGAUCCAUUGGUGGAUUUUAUUUUGAAAUAUUCACGUCGUUACACAGAGGAGCAAGCAACUAAAGAGCCGUUGUCUAGUCCGAAACAUCGUCCACUAUCAGCAGAUUCUGGCCUUGAUUCACCUAUGUCCGCACGUUCUGCUCCAAAUGCUAGCCCCGAAGUUCCGACUGGCGGGAAUAGUGGCCCCACAACGCCAUCUUUUAACCAGACACGUCUAAGCCCUAGUAAAGGCCUUGAGUGUUCCGCCAAACAAACUCUUCGUUCUCUUAUUCCGGACAGUGAGAUGGACGAUGCGUGGGCAUGGACAUUGAAAUGUAUACAGUUCGCUCCUGGUUCAUUGACUCAUCAAGAUGAUGAUCGUGACACACUUCUUCAUAUUGUGAUUUCGCACCAUGACCUUGCCAAGAUUUACUCUUUGGUUGAACAACAACUCAAACUUAGUGAUGCAAUGGAGCAGCGACCAUUCGACGUUCCUAACCGAUACAAUGAAACUCCAAUGUUCCUCGCUGUACAGCAGCAGUUGAAAGAGGUAGUCGCAUACCUGCUAGAAGUUGGCGCGGAUCCAAAUGUACAGACGUUGCGUCCAGAACGAGAAGGUGCUAUUCAUUACGCGUCAACGAGGGGAAUGUGUGAUAUUGUGGAGAUUUUGUGCGCCUCACGAAACCUAAAAAUUAACCAAUUAAAUGGAUGUGGUCAGACGGCACUCCACUGCGCAAUUGCAAAUCACGGUGUUCUUGAUGAACGGUUGCAGAAAAUUAUCGACAAUCGCGACGUUAUUAUCACGCUUCUGAAGGCUGGAGCUGAUCCAACACUCGUGCGAGUGUGGGACUCUUUCCAGGAUGCAAGAAAUGGAAGGACAAUAGUGCAUUAUGCUGUUGAGACAAUGGAUCCCCAGAUUAUUGAAGUGUUGAAGAACAAUGUUGAUGAAGAUUCCUGGACUGACCUAGUCAAUCUGGCGGAUUUCAAUCAAGAAAAGCCGAUGGAUAUGUUCAAAACCGGCAGAUAUCUGUCGAUUAAUGAGUCUACAAGGCCGGCCGUUCGUCGCUUAGCCGGUACGGUAGGUGUGAAAUGUCUACGAAAGAAGGUAUACGAACAGGCGGUGCUGUUUAUUGAGACAUUUCUGGAAGAUGUUCUUUAUGAUGCUGCAGUAUAUCGCAUCGGAGCAAGAAGGAAAACAGUUCUGGUGAAGGACGUACAACAUGCUCUACAACGACGUGGUUUCAAAGUAUGCAUGCUGCAAUGUGGAGAUCUCGGUGCUGGUCACCUUCCAAUACUGUUCGGGAUUUUGUUCUCCAUCAAUUUGGGCUGUACCUACGUGUAUGCCGUUCUCAAUUCUGAUGUCGAAGCGAUCUUCCCGUAUGUUUCUGCAGCAGGUGAUCAUCGUCCUGAGUCCUGUGUUUUCAGCCUUUUUCUGAACAUCUCCGCUUUCUUACUGAUGGUGGUCAUGUAUUUAAGAUAUUCUUUGAUUGCUGUUUUAAUACGAGAUUCGGAUAAGCCUAUGGAUAAGGUCAACAUUAUCAGCUUCUGUAUCGGAAUGGUUGGAAGUGCCGCUAUGCUGAUCGUUGCGAACUUCCAAGAAACUGCUGUAAUUGCUAUACAUUUAUUGGCUGCCUGUAUUUGUUUUGGUUCGGGUUGUGUGUACACAAUACUACAGUCGUGGAUUACUAUUCGGAUGCAUCCAUUGUACACAAAUCGUCGCAUCGGUGUGAUUCGGGCAAUAAUCUCGACUAUUGCAACUGUAUCAUUUGUUCUAGCAGUCGGUUUUGGUGUUUACGCUGCUCAUGAAUUUCAUCGAUACUAUCCGGAUCUUCCCACACCCCGCCCGUGGAACAGAAAAGUGUGGCAACCGGGUUACAAUUUCCAUGUUGCGUCCGCGGCUGCCGAGUGGAUAAUGGCCGUCGCUCAUGUGUUGUUCAUCUUAACCUAUGCAAGAGACUUCGAAAAGGUUCGCGUUUCUCUCUAUAUUGAGUCACUUGUCUCUCAUCUUGAUCACAGUCCGCUUGUGCGUUCCCUCAACGAUAUGCGUGAAAUGUAA